AUGCCGGUUACGCGAACAAGAACCCUACGUUCGGCAACGAACGAAAACGAUGAGAACAGCAUUGCAGCCAACGCCCGGGUGACGCGGGCAAAGGCUGCUGCCAUGAAUGCCGACGAGCUUACCAUGCCCACCAAGGCUUUGCAGUCCAAGAAGACAACUACGACUAAGGCUACUUCCACCCGGACUCGCACUGCUCUCAAUGAUGUCAGCAACAUGUCCAAGGCCGAGGCCGGCGAGGGAAAGAAGGCCCUCACUUCCAAGGCUGGCCUGGUCUCCAAGGCCGCCCAGCCCACUGGCAUCAAGAAGACGACAACGUCGACCCGCUCUGCUCUUACUACCAAGGAGAUCAACAAAAAGGUCGAACCUAAGCGCUCGGGCUCUGGUUCCGUUGGUGCCCAAAAGCGCAAGGUUGCCGCCUCUUCCACUACGACUGCUGCCAAGAGAGAGGCCCAAGAAGAAGGCGAGCCCACGCGUAAGAAGAUUCACACUCUCGAAGCUGAGAAGGAGAACAAGGCCGAGCCUGUGGAGCAGCCCGUUGCUCCCGCUCCUGCCAAGGAGGCCCCCGUUGUAAAGAAGGAGCCUGAGGUUGCUCCCGUCGUUCCCCAGCAGACUAAGCGUCCGAUUCCUGAGACUGCCAAGAUCCUCGACAGCGAAGAUCUCGAUGACCCGCUCAUGGUUGCCGAGUAUGCCAACGACAUCUUCGACUACCUGCGCGAGAUCGAGCCCCUUUCAGCCCCCAAUCCGAACUACAUGGCCCAUCAAGAGGACCUUGAGUGGAAGACGCGCGGCAUUCUUAUUGAUUGGCUCGUUGAGGUUCACACUCGCUUCCACCUUCUGCCCGAGACCUUGUUCCUUGCUGUCAACAUUGUGGAUCGCUUCCUUUCCGAGAAGGUUGUUCAGCUUGACCGUCUCCAGCUUGUCGGCAUCACCGCUAUGUUCAUUGCUUCCAAGUACGAGGAAGUUCUGUCGCCCCACAUUGCCAACUUCCGCCACAUUGCCGACGAUGGCUUCAGUGAGGCCGAGAUUCUGAGCGCCGAGCGCUUCGUUCUGGCCACUCUGAACUAUGACCUCAGCUACCCGAACCCCAUGAACUUCCUUCGGCGCAUUUCCAAGGCCGAUAACUACGACAUCCAGUCUCGUACCAUCGGAAAGUACUUGAUGGAGAUCAGCCUGCUGGAUCACCGUUUCAUGUGCUAUCGCCCCAGUCUCGUUGCCGCCGCGGCUAUGUACCUUGCGCGGUUGAUCCUUGACCGUGGUGAAUGGGACGAGACUUUGGAGUACUAUGCUGGCUACUCCGAGGCCGAGAUUGAGCCUGUCGUGUUGCUGAUGGUCGACUACUUGGCUCGCCCUGUCAUCCAUGAGGCCUUCUUCAAGAAGUACGCCAGCAAGAAGUUCCUGAAGGCAUCCAUUCUGACUCGGCAGUGGGCCAAGAAGAAUGCCCAUCUCUACGGCAUUAAGGAUACCCACCUUUCCCUCGACGAGAUCUCAUAA